CAAGCAGAGAACCGAGUCGGGUAAUCGCUACUUUAGUUUCUUUGUUCACCGAAGCUCAAAGUGUUUUGAGUAAUGGGAAUUGAAGGAGAGAUGAGUAAUGGUGGUUUGAGUAUUGAUGAGAAAGAAGGAUUGAUAGACAAAGAUGAAAUCUUGCUCCGUCGAAUGAAGAAUCGAGAAAGACAACGUAGGUAUAGAGCGAGGAAACGGAUGCGGGAAGAAGAAGCGGGUAUCGAUGAUAAUCUUUCGUUUGAGACCAUGGGAAAACAAGGAGAAGAAGAAGAGGGACUAGAGUUUAGUGGACCUAGUGGUUAUGUUGAGAACUUUGUGCGGCGUGUUUAUUGCGUUAGAGAUUGGAAAAAAGAAGCUAGAAGAGCUCACUUGUUUAUGAACAAGGCUCAAGAUGGUUCUUGUGAGUCGGUUGCUGCUAGAGGAUCUUGCGAAGUGAUCGAGGAUGAGAAUCCACAAGCAUAACUGAUUUGAGAUUAAAAAAUCUUUUCAAUAUUUCUGUUUUUGUAGAUAUUGGAAAUGAUCAACGCAAAAGCAAGUGAUUUGCUCUUUCUUGUCUGUGACUCUUGUGUAUUCGAAGAUCCAUGUAGUAUACUAAGGUUUUAUGUGUGUUUUGUCCAGUGUAACUUAAGAGGAUACAAUAUCACCGAUAAAUGACACAGCGCCAA